AUGGAGCCCCUGACAGUAGACGAUGACAUCUGCAUCCUCAAGCACGAGACGGCGUACGGCGUGGCCGGCGAGAGCCCCGUGUCGGUGUGCGCCGGCGACGUCGUGGCGUCGCACUUCGCCCUGGUGACGGCCUACGAGGACAUCAAGAAGCGCCUGAGGGACACGGAGAGGGAGAACACGCUGCUGAGGAAGAGGGUGAAGCAGCUGGAGGAUAAGCUCUUCAGGCCGGACGCCCCCCCAACCGAAGGCCCCCAGUACGUGAACAAGGCCUUCAGUGCUUACCGAGGCAUCUACAUCGAGAAGGAGGACCUGCAGCUGGAGCUCAACAAAGUGAAAAAGGAGCGGAGUGAGAGCGAGCGGCAGCUGAACGAGCAGCUCCAGGCCAGAGAGAUGGAGCUGCUCCAGCUGAGGACAGAGAUGGAGACCAGCCAAGUGAUGAAGAGCCUGACCAGCCCCCAGGACUACUGGCAGGUGGAGGGGGCCAACAGCGAGCUGCAGAUCCACAAGCUGCAGCUGGAGCUGGAGAGGGUGACGCUGGAGAACGGCAAGCUGCUGGAACGCUACGGGGAACCCCAUGGCCUCAACGGACCGGACUCUGAUCAGGACUCCGACGUGGCGUACAACAUAAGGGAGAGGGGCAUGCAGCAGAUGUACCAGGUGCUGUGCGGUGAGAUCUCCCGCCUCCACGCAGAACUCAAGCACCAAUCACGGCUGGUCAGGCAUCUCCGACCGCUGCUCAACGACAACCGAGAAGGUGCCUCCGCGCUCCCCAUCCAGUGCCUGGACGACGUGGAGAAGAACAACAACCACCACCGCCGCCGCCAGCACCCCCCCCUGCUGCGGGUGUCCGUGCCUCACCCCCCCACCACCGCCUCCUCCGGCUCCAGCACCACCCCGGCCCUCGGGGCCCCGUCGGGCCCCCCGUUGCUGGACGGACUACGCGAGGACUGCUGGUACAACGGGCCGUGGCCCGGACGUCCCAGCGCGGCCCCCCCCACCGCAGCCGCCGCCGGCACCAACACCGCCGGGGGCGCCGGCCCCGGCUGCGAGGCCCCCCCGGAGAGCGGGGACCCCAGCUCCGUGCUGCUGCCCCCCCCGCCCCUCAACCAGGCCUCCCUGGACGACAGCUCCCGCUCCUUCCCCAGCCCCCCCAAGCCCAGCGACGCCCUGUUCUGGGAGGGGCACUCUGCCGCCUCCGCCGCCGCCUCCAGCUCCUCCUCCUCCUCCAUAGGGAGCUGCACCCCGCGGAGCCCCCCCAACGCCGAGUGGGCCAAGCCCUACUGAGCCCCCCCCCCCCCCCCCGAGGGACAGAUGGGUGGGGCGAAGGAGAGGACGAGCGAACCAUGGGAUCCUUCGGCCCUGCCGCAUAGCUACCACCUCACCUGCCUUACGAUAAGAACAGUCCUCUUGACCAAACUGGAUUGAACUGGA